AUGGGUGGAGGUUUGGCACAACAGAGCCUUCAAGAACUAGAAGAAAAGUGGAGGAAUGAAGAAGACGUGAGGAUGGAAUGUGUAGCUACAGGUUACCCAGAGAACAUAGUAAUUGAUAUCACAAACUCGGACUCUGAGGACAUAGUAAAUGAUAUCACAGACUCAAACCCUAAGGACAUAGUAAAUGAUAUCACAGACUCAGACCCAGAGGGCAUAGUAAAUGAUAUCACAGACUCGGACCCAGAGGACAUAGUAAAUGAUAUCACAGACUCGAACCCAGAGGAUAUAGUAAAUGAUAUCACAGACUCAAACCCAGAGGACGUAGUAAAUUAUAUCACAGACUGGAAACCAGAGAACACAGUAAAUUAUAUUGCAGACUCGAACCCAGAGGACAUAGUAAAUGAUAUCACAGACUCAAACCCUGAAGACAUAGUAAAUGAUAUCACAGACUCGAACCCUGAGGACAUAGUAAAUGAUAUCACAGACUCAAACCCUGAGGACAUAGUAAAUGAUAUAACACACUCGAACCCAGAUAAUAUAGUAAAUGAUAUCACAGACUCAGACACAGAGGAUAUAGUAAAUGAUAUCACAGACUCAGACCCAGAGGAUAUAGUAAAUGAUAUCACAGACUCGAACCCUGAGGACAUAGUAAAUCAUAUCACAGACUCAGACCUAGAGGACAUAGUAAAUAUCACAGACUCGGACCUAGAGGACAUAGUAAAUUAUAUUACAGACUCAAACCCUGAGGACAUAGUAAAUGACAUCACAGACUCGAACCCAGAGGACAUAGUAAAUGAUAUCACAGACUCAAACCCUGAGGACAUAGUAAAUGAUAUAACACACUCGAACCCAGAUAAUAUAGUAAAUGAUAUCACAGACUUAGAACCAGAGGAUAUAGUAAACGAUAUCACAGACUUGAACCCUGAGGACAUAGUAAAUGAUAUCACAGAGUCGGACCUAGAGGACAUAGUAAAUUAUAUUACAGACUCAAACCCUGAGGACAUAGUAAAUGAUAUCACAGACUAG